UUCUACAAUUGGCCUGAUGAGUCCUUUGAAGAAAUGGAUAGUACAUUAGCUGUUCACCAGUAUAUUCAGCAAAACAUAAGGGCAGACUGUUCCAACAUUGAUAAGAUCCUUGAACCUCCUGAAGGCCAGGAUGAAGGUGUAUGGAAGUAUGAACAUUUAAGACAAUUCUGCCUCGAGCUCAAUGGACUAGCUGUCAAGCUUCAGAGUGAAUGUCACCCAGACACAUGUACUCAGAUGACAGCAACCGAACAAUGGAUUUUUCUUUGUGCAGCUCAUAAAACUCCCAAAGAGUGUCCUGCUAUAGACUACACCAGACACACGCUUGAUGGAGCUGCAUGUCUUCUGAAUAGCAAUAAAUAUUUCCCCAGCAGGGUUAGCAUAAAGGAAUCCUCUGUAGCCAAAUUAGGAUCAGUGUGCCGAAGGAUUUACAGAAUAUUUUCACAUGCUUAUUUUCAUCAUCGGCAGAUAUUUGAUGAAUAUGAGAAUGAAACUUUCUUGUGUCACCGGUUCACUAAAUUUGUGAUGAAGUAUAAUCUGAUGUCCAAGGAUAACCUGAUUGUACCGAUUUUGGAAGAAGAAGUGCAGAAUUCAGUGUCAGGGGAGAGCGAAGCAUGAUGGGAAUGGCAGUACAGAGGCCUGUACUGACUAUAAACAAAACAUUAAUUAUGUACUGUAUAUAUCAUUUUAGACACUUCAAUCACGUAUCCUCAUAGCUUUGUUUAGUAUACUUUUUGUAUGCUGUGUGCAUUGCCUUUUAAUAUGGGAAAUACUUUAAGUUAUUCAUGAACUGUAUAUUCAUCAAUGUGGCACUCAUGGUUUUUAAAUAAAAGUAGUAGCAUCUGUUUAUAAUGCCUGUUAAUAAAAGAAUUUACAGUUCUCUAAAA